GUAAAUAAGUUUUACCGAUCUCAUCCAAUUCACGGACAGCACACAUCGUCAUCUCUCAUCGAAUAGCUCACACUCGUCUUCUUAAUAACCUCAUGGGUCUAGCUCAUCCUUCCGCUUAAAGGACAUAGCCAUCACACUCUUGUAAUCGAGUUCCUCACCACUGAUUCUCAUCAAGACUUCAGCCAUGUCGGACGUGGUAAUUCGAGAAAUCGUCAAGGGGACUAUCCUCACCUUCUCAAAGCCAUUUAAACGCAUGGGGAUCACGCCCAUCGGCGGUCGUUCAACCGCAAUCAAGCUCUCUGAUUCAUCCGUAUGGAUCUUGGCUUCUACGCCAUUGACGGACGAGACUCGCGACAAACUCGAUCAACUUGGUCCCGUCAAAUACAUCGCUGUGGCAGACAUAGAGCAUACUGGGUUCACCACUCAAUACACCGAAGCUUACCCGGAUGCAAAGGUGUAUGGCCCCGAAGGCGCCGCUAGCAAGCUGGGCAUCAACGUCCACGAAUGGACUGCGGAUAAGAAUCACAACCCAAUGGAGUACGACAGCCAGGUACUCAAAGAUGAGAUCAAAAGCGAAUACUUUGAUGGGUUCAUCAAUAAAGAUAUUGCGUUCCUCCACGUGCCCAGUAAAACUCUUGUCCAAGCCGAUCUGCUCUUCAAUUUGCCUGCGAAUGAACAGUAUUCGAAAUCCAAGGAAUCUCCUACCAAUUUCACCAAUUGGUUUGCAACCUUGAAGCCCGACUCGAUCCUACACCAACGAUUUGUAUACAACCUUGCCGCUGUCAACAAAAAAUCGAUGGCCCAUUCUGUGGCCAAAGUGGAUCAAUGGGACUUUGAUCGGAUCAUACCAUGUCAUGGUGAUGUUAUCGAGACUGGGGGCAAAACAGCUUGGAGGAAAGCGUACUGCCUAUAUUUUGACGAUAUUAAAAAUGGGAAAUUUCCUGGAAUCGGAACUUCCAAGGACCAGUAGACUGUUUUAGCACACUCGCCGAUCUUUCUUAUAUCGGGUGAUCACAGCUUGAUUUGUCUUCUCCUCCCACUUUGCUCAUUAUUAAUAUACUUUGAAACAUGCUUACUCUAUGAUGAUCAAGUCCGCUUGCCAAAAACAA